GCUGUCAUAGAUCAAAAUGACCAUUAUUAGCUCUGGUAUUUUUGGGGAUGAUCCCUUCACUUGUCUGUGACUACAUGCGGCUCCUCCAAAGCUUGCUUUGUAGAUUCCCCCGUCACUACCAAUGAAUCCAAUAGGACAUUUCGAAUAUCUAGUGCCAUAUAUUUUCAGAUAUAUCACUCUGGAAUUGAAAAUCUUUCCUCAUAGGUCCUUAAGAACUAGCCAGCUGCCGAAAUAGUAGAGCGUCAUUUAAGCAAUAAGAUGCAAGCAAAAAUAUUGUGCCUGCACGGUAUCUUAGUAGUUUCUCUUCUGUUUUCCGGCACUAAAGCAGAUACAAAAAUCAAGCAAGUAACAGACCCUACGGGAAAUGUGAAUUUAAGUCCAUUUCAACAGUGGGAAAGCGCUUAUGAAUGCCUGCAAAACAAAUCGCAAAGCUGUUCAGACAUAUAUACUCUAACGGAAGCAGGAUGGAUGAAUGUAACCUCCAAUGAUGCGACAGACUUUUGUAAAGCUGGAGGGUGUGGAGAACAUACCAAGGCAGUAUUGACUUGCAUUCAUCAUGUUAAGCGAGACUAUAAGUUCAUCAACAAGGCUACAGUGUGGGACCUCAAGUACACAAUCACUCAUGGAUGUACUUCUGGAUUCAAUGGAACCACCUAUAUCAGCAAUGCCAGAAGGAGAAUCUGGAGCCCAAUCGCCAUAUCGGUUUCAGUUUUAGCAGCUGUGUUUCUGUUGAAGAACUUGGAUGAUUGGCGUAAUUAG